AUGGCGAAAGCUGUGGUCCCGCUUCUCGCCGUCGUCGCGGCCGCCGUCGCCAUGAUCGUCCUGCGCCAGCGCCAGAAGGCCGAGCGCCCGUACCCGAUGAAGCGCACGCCCAUCAAGCGCCUGCCGCUCGACCAGCUGCCGCGCCUCAAGAACGACCUGCUCGUGCGCGCGUACCUCGGCCAGAAGACCGAGCGCGUGCCCGUGUGGUGCAUGCGCCAGGCCGGCCGCCACUUGCCCGAGUUCCGCGCGCUGCGCAGCGCCGGCUACGACUUCUUCACGAUGUGCCAAGUGCCGGAGCUCGCGGUCGAGGUUUCGCUCCAGCCGCUGCGCCGCUACAACACGGACGCCGUCAUCAUCUUUUGCGACAUCCUCGUCGUACCGCAGGCCAUGGGCAUGGAGGUCGUAAUGAAGUCGGGCGUUGGCCCCGUGCUGCCGCAGCCGCUGCGCACGCCGGAGGAUCUCAAGCGCCUCGUGAUCAAGCCCGACAUUGAAGCGACGCUCGGCUACCUCAUGGACGCCAUCAACCUCGCGCGCCAGGAAAUCAAGGGCCAGGUCCCGCUCAUCGGCUUCUCGGGCGCGCCCUUCACGCUCUUCACCUACAUGGUCGAAGGCGGCGGCUCGCGCACCAAGGACAAGGUCAAGACGUUCCUGUACAAGUACCCGGAAGCCGCCCACGAAGCGCUCGCGGCCAUCACCGACGUGUGCGUGCGCUACCUCAUCGCGCAGUACGAGGCCGGCGCGCAGGCGCUGCAGAUCUUUGAGAGCGUCGGCGCCGAGUUCUUGACGCAGGAGCACUACUACGAGUUUGCUUUUCCCUACCUGGCCGAGAUUGCCGAGCGCGUGCGUGCGGCUGUGCCCGCGACCGUGCCGCUCGUCGGCUUCUCCAAGGGCACGCAGUACGCGUAUGAGAAGCUCUCGCACACCAAGUACGACUGCCUCAGCCUCGACUGGCAGAGCGACCCCGCGACCGUCCGCGCUCAAGUCGACGGCCGCGUGUCGCUUCAGGGCAACCUCGACUCGUCGGCGAUUUACGCGGCCCCCGAGGUCAUUCGCGCCGAGGUGGGGAAGAUGCUGACCAAGUUUGGCACGCAAGGCUAUGUGGCCAACCUCGGCCACGGCUGCGCACCCGACUUUAGCCCUGAGCACGUCGACACGUUCAUCAAGUCGGUGCAGCAGCUCUCGCUCGACAUGAACUCGGCCUAA